AUGUCUUCGCGAUAUGUCGCAGUUCAUACAUCCCCAAAGGGACCCGGUGAUGCCCGUCCUACCGCGCUCCAGAUUAUUGAAGACGAGCAAUUGACAGGAAAGCUCAUCGGCAAAGUUGUCUUUAUUACGGGUUGCUCCUCCGGCCUCGGAAUUCAGACCGCGCGCGCAUUGCUCGCCACAGGAGCCACGCUCUACCUGACCGCGCGGAACCUCGAAAAGGCGCACUCUGCGCUUGGUGAUCUGGCUGAAAACAAAAAUGUUCACCUACUAGAGAUGGACCUGAAUUCUCUGUCCAGUGUCCGAAGCUGCGCCGCCUUAUUCCUGUCCAAAUCUUCCAGCUUAAGCCUCCUCAUCUGUAACGCUGGUGUCAUGGUCCCCCCCGAAGGCCGCACAGCGGAUGGCUUCGAGACACAGUUUGGAACAAACCACCUAGCCCAUUUUCUCCUCGUGCAGUUGUUCAAAGAUACACUUAUCGCCUCAGCGACGACGAAGAUGUCCUCACGUGUUAUCAUGCUCUCUUCCAGCGGCCACCGGAUGAGUGAGGUCCAAUUUGAUGAUUACAAUUUUGAUGAAGGUUAUGACGCAUGGAAGGCCUACGGACAAAGCAAAACUGCCAUGAUUUGGACAGCGAACGAGAUUGAACGCCGAUAUGGAUCUACAGGGCUACAUGCCUACAGCCUCAAUCCUGGGAUGAGUGCGAGUGGGCUUCAGAAGAAUGUUACAGCGGACAUGAUGGAGGAAUGGUCGCAGGUGCCGGGACUGCAGGAAGCGUUCAAAUCACAGGAGCAGGGUGCUGCUACGACUGUUUGGGCGGCGGUGGCGCAGGCCCUCGAAGGCCAGGGAGGGCAAUACACUGAGAAUUGUCAGGUUGUUGGCGAAAUGGCUGCCGAUGCAGGACCGCUGGAUCCAGGCUAUGCUCCUUGGGUAUCUGACAGUGAGAAAGCGCAGAAGCUAUAUGAGCUUUCUUUGAAGCUUAUUAGUUGA